AUGCCUGGGACGGUCGCCGAGGGACCGACGGUCUCUAUGUCCUUCGCCAACAACUUCUGGGGCAAGGAAGAUGCAGGUCUACAGCCGAUGCUGGAUCGUAUGCACGGAUCAAAGGUCACUAGUGAUGAAUUGAAGGCUUUCUACAGCGUGAGAGCUUCUAUCGAAGACGAAUAUGCGCGCAAACUCCAGGCACUCUGUCGCAAGUCCCUAGGAUCAGUCGAAACCGGAUCUCUGCGAACUUCCCUCGACGUGGUACGGGGAGAGACUGAAGCGAUCGCCAAGGCACAUGCUGCUAUUGCGGGUCAGAUGAAGAUCGAGCUCGAAGAACCAUUAACGGCAUUUGCUAGUGGUCUUAAGGAGAGACGGAAAAUCAUUCAAAAUGGCAUCGAGCGCCUCCACAAGACAAAGAUGCAGCAAACGCAAACUGCCAACAAGGCUCGAGACCGGUACGAACAGGACUGUUUACGAAUCAAGGGAUACCUUGCACAAGGACACAUGGUGAUGGGUCAGGAGGAACGGAAGAAUAAGGCGAAGCUUGAAAAGACCCAGAUCCAGCUUGCGUCUAAUAGCCAAGAAUACGAGGCUGCGAUCAAAAUCCUCGAGGAUACGACCGGCCGGUGGAAUAAAGAGUGGAAAGCUGCGUGUGAUAAAUUCCAAGAUCUCGAAGAAGAACGUCUCGACUUCACGAAGAGCAGUCUGUGGACCUAUGCGAAUAUUGCGUCGACUGUUUGUGUUAGCGACGAUGCUUCCUGUGAGAAGAUCCGGCUCUCUCUUGAGAAUUGCGAAGUGGAGAAGGACAUUGUCUACUUUAUUAAGGAGCGUGGAACUGGUCAAGAGAUCCCAGAUGCUCCUCGAUUCAUCAACUUCUGUAAAGAGGACGACGACGUCUCUGAUAUUGAAGACGGAGAAGGUUACUCUGUCGCCCAGUUCCAACGCACUAUGAACCCUGCCUUCCGCACGUCUUCUCCACAGCCUUCGACUUUCGAGUCCCACCAUGAUCCUCAGUCUGACCUUGCAGCACAAAUGGGUCAUCCAGCACCGGCGCCAGCGCCAGCACCAGUGUCUGCUCCCGCUUCUGUUGCUGCCCCUGCUGCUGUUCCUGCUGCUAUGCCUGCUCCCAUAAACAAUGCACAGCAACCAGCUCCCCUAGAUUUACGCCGAGGCGGACAGCUUCCGCCAAAUUAUGACCCUGAGCAGCAUGGGGAGAUCAACUCAAUCCCUCAUAAUGCUUACCCAACUGAUGGUAUGACAAUGUUCUGUCGCACCGGACCACCAUCAGAGCGAAGCUCCGCAGCUAGUGGCUACCGACCAUCAAGCCGGGACUCUCAAAGUGAAGUUUCAAAUCCAACUUCAAUGUCUAGCGUGGAGUCCCCUAUCAUGACCAAGCCUCCACCGAAGCCAACCAAUAGCGAGCCAAUCCCGAGCUCCAGGGAUGCCAGAGAUGCCAGAGAUGACAAGUCAGUUCAAAAGAAAAAGAGUGCAUUCUUUAGCAACAGUCCUUUCCGGCGUAAGAGCCGUCAUGAUAAAGAGCGGCCAACCAUCUCGGCUCAGCCUGUAUCGCGAAGCCCUUGGAGCUCUCCUACCAAACAGGCCAGCCCGACCAAGGCUCCUCAAGCCCAGCCUGAACGCCACAGCCCUGAACCAGUCGACCCUCGUGCUAAUUUCCAGCUUAAUGUUGGCAAUAAUGUCUUCGACGUGGCUUCUCCAGACAAGAAUACUCGAGCAGGAGCCCAGCAGAACAAGGGAGCUGAGGAUGAUAUGGAUCCUAUUGCCCGAGCUCUUGCGGAUCUCAAGACAACUGGCAAGCAGUCCAGUCUUCGCGUGUCGGCUGAUAGAUACCACGGUAUUCAAACUCCGACUCCCUCGGCUCCUUCAUCUGCCUAUGGUGGAAGCUCUUCUGGUGCGCCUCCGGCAUAUAACGACCCUUCGGUAAAGCGACUCGACGCACCAGAACCGGCUUUUACAUCAAAGCAAAUGCAAAAGACCACACAACGCUACACUGGACAGACGCAGAGCAUGCUCCGAGGUGGAAGUAAUAACCCCAGCAGAGCCCCCGCGACUAAGACGGAGGCGCCUCGUUCUAGAUCUCCAGCACCCCGGCGCAGCGCCAGUCCUCAGGUUGCGGCUCCCCGCGUUGCCUCGCCUCGAGUUGAUACCCGUGCGGGCGCCCAGUACAACGGAGGUGGGAAUAGCCCAGCCCCUAGCCCAACUGCCUACCAAUCAAGCAGCGUGCGCAGUCGUUACAGCCAGUCGCCUACCCCACACCGGGCCCAAGACCCGCCGUACUCUCCAAAUGACUACACUCGUCGGGCCUCCCCGGCUGCUAGCCACCGUGCGGUUUCACCUCAGCCUCAGUUCCGGCAACAAGUUCGUCCGUCCAGUGCUGGGGGCAUGGAGCUGCAAUUGUCUGGUCAGGUUGACAUGUACGGUGGUGGUGGCCGUGAUGGAUACGGGUCCCCCCGUCGUAACGAUAGCCGACCUAUGUCGUACUAUGGCGACAAUCCUCCUCCUCCUGUUGGCCGUUCUCGCAGUCGUACUUUGGCUGUUGCUGAGCCUGGAAGGAAAUUCAGUCGUGAUGGACGUCCCAUCUUGCACUUUGCUCGCGCAAUGUACAGUUACACUGCUGCCAUUCCCGAAGAACUUGGCUUCUCGAAAGGCGAUGUCCUAGCCGUUAUCCGCCUUCAAGACGAUGGAUGGUGGGAAGCUGAAGUCACAAACGCACGCGGCCACCCUGGCCUGGUGCCAAGCAACUAUCUGCAGAUUAUCUAG